AAUUAUGAAUACGGAGCAUGAAUCUUUAUUCCCAAUGUAUUUACACAGCGGUACCCCACUGGGGAAGAGGCUUUCAGUGCAGACAGAUCACUGAGCCCUGUAAUGAGACAUUAGGGAGAACAACAGGCCUCAGGAGAAGCCCAACUCCCACAUGAGGAGCCUUCGGGAGACUGCUGCAGAGACCACAGUUAACAGGUGUUGUAAUUCUGUGAGGUCAGGGGAUCCAGCCACAUGACUCUGGGCUCCCUCUUCCCAUGCUGUUUUUCCACAGCCUGGUCUGGGGAGCAGUUUUGAAACAGUUUUGCCAGAGCUAUAUAAGGCAGGGGGUGAAAUCAUCCAUUUUCACUCCCCACACAAGAGGAUGCUGGGAAGGAGCUGAGGAAGACAGACUGACCUGGGGGAAGGAUUGGACCCAGGCUGAAGGCGUCUUACCCAGUGUCUGGAAUCCCAAGAACCCCAAGCUACAAAGCAAAUGCAACUUCUGCCUUGAGAACAUGCCAGACGGCCAGUCCCAUCCUUCCGGAUGCGAAUCUGCUCGUUCCUCCUGACUCUGCCCUGUGUGCUCUGCAGAGUGUGUGUCAGUGUCCAGUCAGGGAGCACUGCAGAUGGGCUGUGCCUGGUGUCGGGGGAAGUGCACCAGUGGAGUGUUGUCUGCAGCUCGGCACAGUGCAAGCGGGAUCUAUGUCUCCCAUGCCCAGCAACAGAGCACAGACACGUAUCAUGGAAGGAAGAAACCAAACACCCAUUGUGGAACUGAUCCUUGUCGGGUUUGGGAAUGACCCAGAACUGCAGCCCCUCCUCUUCCUGCUGUUUCUAGUGAUCUACAUUGCGGCUGUGGCUGGGAACCUCCUCAUCAUUGUGCUGGUGGUGGCUGAUCGGCACCUUCACACCCCCAUGUACUACUUCGUGGCCAACUUGUCCGCUGUGGAGAUCUGCUACGUCUCCACCACCCUGCCCAGGCUGAUUGGCAGCCUCGCGACUGGGGACAGAACCAUUUCUCUUCACAACUGCUUUGUGCAAUUCGAUUUCUACGGAAUCCUCUCCACUGCAGAAACUUUGCUGCUCUCGACCAUGUGCUGUGAUCGGUAUCUAGCGAUCUGCCAUCCCCUCCGCUACCCUGCUCUGAUGAACGGCAGAGUGUGUGGACACAUGGUGGCAGGGUGCUGGAUAUUCAGCAUUUCCUACACAGUCAUGCUACAAACUUUCAUUCUCCAAUUCACAUACUGCGGCCCCAAGGAAUUUGAUCAUUUCUUUUGUGAUUUUGCGUCCGAUGGUAGGUUCUGUGGCACAACACGGACUCUGAUACUACUGAUAUUUAUUAUGUCUGUUAUCAUAACUUUUGGGAUCUUUCUGUUUACUCUUGUGACCUACAUUUGUAUUAUCAUCACCAUCCUGAGAAUCCCUUCCAGCACCGGAAAGCAAAAGGCCUUUUCCACCUGCUCCUCUCACCUCAUUGUGGUUGCAGUUUACUAUGUGAGUGGAUUUACAAUCUACGCGCUUUCACAGUUCCAGCUCCCCACGAUCCUGUACAAAAUAUUUUCUGUCAUGAGCACAGUCCUGAUACCUUUGAUCAACCCUCUUAUCUACUGCCUGAGAAACAAGGAGGUCCAUCAGGCCCUAAGAAAAGCUGGUAUGAACCUGGUUGAUUUCAGACACAGGCAGGGAGUGUAA